UGUAGUUCUGUCGUCGCGAUCGUCGUCAGCAUGAAAAUAUAUCAGUUUCAAGUCUCUAAUACUUGCGUUGAAAAUUAUAUAUGUCAUUGAGCCUCCUCUAGAGUUGAAUAAUUUAUUGAACUUCUGUUCGAUAACUUUUGCAGUGCACAGAAACUCUAAAAUCUGACGACAAUAACGUGUAGUUUCGCGUUUUUGAAAGACAAGAAUGCCAAAACUUCGGUGAAUUUUUCAAGUGGAUAUUACUUACUCGAGCUAUUUUUAUCUUAACUGCCCUCACAAAUUUUUUAAGGUUUCUGUCUAACAGAAUCCAGAAUAUCUAAAUAAAGUCAGGAUGAGCACCCCUUUACACAAACAUCUUCUAUCAGGUGAGGUGUCGUAUUCCGACGAUAGCGGCUACUACUGCAACAUUUGCGAGCUUUCUCUAGAAGCUCAGCCUCUGCAACAUCUGAAUGGGACGCAACACAAAAACAAGGUCUUCUUUAGUGCUGUGCAGUUACGUGACAAGUAUCCGAUUUUAUACGAUGAUCUUGAUUUGAGUGUCCGUGAGGCAAUAGAAGAAGGGAUUAUUGAAGUCCAAGAUUUGAAAAUUAGAUGUCACUGCUGUGCCAUGGCUCUAUCAGGAGAGAAGCCGCUGAUGGACCAUCUCAAGAGUUCAGGUCAUCGCAAGAAAAAUGAGAUGAAGAAGAUUUCGAGGGAUUUGGGAAAUCUUUCAAUAAAUUCCAGUGUGCAAGAACCUGUAAAGGAAAUUUCACCACGAUCCGAUGACCAAAAGAAUGCCAAAAGCAAACAGCCCAAGAGCACUGUUGAUUCAACAACUACAUCUAAGGAAGCUGUUCACGCAAGUAAAGAAACCAAACCAGAUGUGAAAAAAGCAGUCAAAACAUCAAUAGAUGCAAGUCAAUCAGACUCGGUGAAACCUUCUAUCGGCAAUAUUGGUUCAGUUAAAGAGGAAAUUCCUAGUUCAGAUAACGCUGGACAAGAUGUUCAACUCCCUUCUUCAUUUGACGGUGAAGUGGCGGCUGGGCGGAUUGUUGUGAUGGAUGGAGGCGUGUACAGAUGUACCGUGUGCUGCAUGGCGCUGACAGGACGAGAGCCUGUCCUGCAACACAUCAGCGGCAAGAAGCAUCGAUCAAAGGUUGCCGCGCAAUCCACGGUCGUCUCACCCGCAAAGCCCGAGACAAAAGUGGAGUCGGACACAGGACCUAAUACAUCAGAGACCAUGGAGAGUGACUUAUUUGGCUCAAGUCAACAUCGAUCUAAACACACACGACGAACGACCAGAGAGCCUGAACCCAUAGGAAGUUUUACAACCCCACCACAAGUUCAGUUUCCCGGAGUAUAUGGCUUCAACCCUGUGGCCGGUAAUUUUGGUGUGCCGGGGCCAUACCCGAACGCGUAUGCCCAAAUCCCCCAUCUGGGCCCGUACGCCCAGAUGCCACUUCACCCACAGAAUUACCCGACUCCGCCCAUGUACGGGUAUCCUGAACAACCUUGGCAGAAUCCAAUACACUCUUCAUCUUUGGAUGGCUCGUUUCCAAAAUUGAAAACUUCAGAGUUCAGACUGAAAAAAUCUUUCGGUUUCUCUCAUCGUCCGCCAACAGCUUACAGAAUAACUUCUCGCCCUCGAGGUUUUGUGGCUGUCUUCAACAACCACUUCAGAAAUAAUCCAGAUUGGAUCCGAAAUGGUUCCGAAAUGGAUGAUGUCAACUUGGAUUCUGUCUUCAAAGAGAUGGGUUAUGAAGUUCAUUUGUUCUCAGAUACUACAAAAUCCCAACUGAUGGAAAAAAUUGACUCGAUCCUGCAACGACAUGUCUUAGGAAUGGAUUCACUCAUCUUGUUCUUUUUGAGUCACGGCAAAGAUGAACGACACUUUUAUUCAUCCCAGCAGGAAGUAAUUGACAUCAGGGACAUUUGGAUCAAACUCACCAACCAAAAUUGUCCUGCCCUGAAAGACAAGCCGAAGAUAAUGUUCUUGAAUUAUUGCCGAGGAGAGUCUCGCCAACGGAACCAAGUCUUUGACAACGUCACAGAGCGCGAGGAAGAUGCGCCGAGGGACGUAGCGCUGGUGCACGCUUCUCUGCCUGGUUUCAAAGCACAAAGAAUGCCGGACGAAGGAACGAUUUUUGUGCAUUGUCUCUGCCAGGCGAUCUGUGAGAAUGCUUAUGAGAUGGAUAUCCAUGAAAUCAUCAAUGAAACGUCAGAAAUGAUGAAGAAAAAGUGCGCCACAACGCCAUCCAUAGAAUUCAUCGAUUUCAAAAAAUUCUACUUUGUGGAUUGAUUUGUCUCACAUGCAGCUUGUUGGCAUGUCAAAAACUCAGAAAUGAAAACUUACAUAAAAAACAUUACUUAUUUUUGGUUGAUUGCAUGAUUUUUUUUGCGCCCUAUGCACCUGAUUUAUCUGCUUUCAGGAAAAUAAAAUGAUACGUUUUCAUACAUGCUGAAGUUAAUUUUCACCAAUUCAAAUUGGGUAAAACAUUUGACUUGAUAAUCUUUUUACGUGUGCUCCUAUAAAAGCAAUUUUAUGGAUGUUUAUAAUGGUGUGUGUUGGCUUUAUGUACUCAUACGAGCCUUAUAUUGCAAUAUUAGGGAAUCAUUGAUUAACAGCCAACGCGAUCAAUAACUGCUGCGUAGACACGGCAUUUCGACACAAUUCUUCGCUCAAUUCCUGUCCGCUGUUGGUGCAUCACAUAAAACAGAUAAUAGUUACUUGGGGAAUAAAAUAAUGGUAAGCCGGGCUUAUUUAUGUAAUUGAUUUAAACGCUUGUACUACAAUAAAAAAUUUACAAUACCAACACGUCAAUAUUUAUGACUAUUGCCACAGAAAUUUCGCCUACUAUUCACAGAUGUCGUCGGCCCAAAUCAGUACCACUAUAUGAGAAACUUUUAUCUCUCCAAAGUCGAUUUACAUACAUUUUUUUCGGCAUCAAUUAUUUGAGAAAAAUUUCGAAAUUAUUCAAGGGAAAACUUUCGUGGAGUAAUUAGUUCAUAACAUCAAGUCCUCAAUGUUGAUGAUAUCAUCUGGUUUGUUUUACAUAUGUAAUUAGUGAUUGUAAUAAAACAGAGUAAAAUAAAGUUCUUC